GGCGCUUCCCCGCGGGACUCGGCCUCAGCAGCGAGGCGGCGGCGGUGACCGGCAGCGGAGGGCAGCGGCGGGCUCCGGUGCAGCCGCUGAGUGAAGACAUAGUCCAGAGAGGGAGGUGGAAAGCCACAGGCCGGUCAUAGAUUCCCCUUAUCAAAAGCCCCCUGUGUUGUGAACUGAGCUUGAGUGGAGUGAAAUCUUGGAGGAAGCUAAAGCUGUGUAUAUUUGUGCAUCAGACAAGUGCAGCAAGUUUAUAUCAUUGGCUUCUGAAGGGGAAAGUGAGGUGAUGGCUGCGUUUAAGUUGGAUUUCCUUCCAGAAAUGAUGGUGGAUCAUUGCUCUUUGAAUUCCAGUCCUGUCUCAAAGAAAAUGAACGGCACCCUGGACCACCCAGACCAACCGGAUCUUGAUGCUAUCAAGAUGUUUGUGGGCCAGGUUCCAAGAACCUGGUCUGAGAAGGAUUUGCGGGAGCUCUUUGAACAGUAUGGUGCUGUCUAUGAAAUCAAUGUGCUACGGGAUAGGAGCCAAAACCCUCCACAGAGCAAAGGGUGCUGUUUUGUUACAUUUUACACCCGUAAAGCUGCAUUAGAAGCUCAGAAUGCUCUUCACAACAUGAAGGUCCUCCCAGGGAUGCAUCAUCCUAUCCAGAUGAAGCCUGCUGAUAGUGAAAAGAACAAUGCAGUGGAAGACAGGAAGCUGUUUAUUGGCAUGAUUUCCAAGAAGUGCACUGAAAAUGACAUCCGAGUCAUGUUCUCUUCAUUUGGACAGAUUGAAGAAUGCCGGAUAUUGCGGGGACCUGAUGGUCUGAGUCGAGGCUGUGCAUUUGUGACUUUCACCACCAGAGCCAUGGCACAGACGGCUAUCAAGGCAAUGCACCAAGCACAGACCAUGGAGGGUUGUUCAUCGCCUAUGGUGGUCAAAUUUGCAGACACACAGAAGGACAAAGAGCAGAAGAGAAUGGCCCAGCAGCUCCAGCAGCAGAUGCAGCAGAUCAGUGCAGCAUCUGUGUGGGGAAACCUUGCUGGUCUAAAUACUCUUGGACCCCAGUAUUUAGCACUUUAUUUGCAGCUCCUUCAGCAGACUGCCUCCUCUGGGAACCUCAACACCCUGAGCAGCCUCCACCCCAUGGGAGGUUUAAAUGCAAUGCAGUUACAGAAUUUGGCUGCUCUAGCUGCUGCAGCUAGCGCAGCUCAGAACACACCAAGUGGUACCAAUGCCCUCACUACAUCCAGCAGUCCCCUCAGCGUCCUCACCAGUUCAGGGUCCUCCCCAAGCUCCAGCAGCAGCAGCUCUGUCAACCCCAUUGCCUCCCUCGGAGCCCUGCAGACACUCGCGGGAGCCACGGCUGGCCUCAAUGUCAGCUCAUUGGCAGGGAUGGCUGCUUUGAACGGUGGCCUGGGCAGCAGUGGCCUCUCCAAUGGCACCGGAAGCACCAUGGAAGCCCUCACACAGGCCUACUCGGGGAUCCAGCAAUAUGCUGCUGCUGCGCUUCCCACUCUGUACAACCAGAAUCUUCUGACACAGCAAAGCAUUGGUGCUGCUGGGAGCCAGAAGGAAGGUCCAGAGGGAGCCAACCUGUUUAUCUACCACCUGCCCCAGGAGUUUGGCGAUCAGGACCUGCUGCAGAUGUUUAUGCCCUUUGGAAAUGUCGUGUCUGCCAAGGUUUUCAUAGACAAACAGACAAACCUGAGCAAGUGUUUUGGUUUUGUAAGUUACGACAAUCCUGUAUCCGCUCAAGCUGCCAUCCAGUCCAUGAACGGCUUUCAGAUUGGCAUGAAGCGACUUAAAGUGCAGCUCAAACGUUCAAAGAAUGAUAGCAAGCCCUACUGAGCGUGCUCCCCUCUGAGACUGGAGUGAGAGGGUCUUCUGGCACAGCUUGCCCUGAAGACUCGGCUACUGCCUUCUGUGGGAGCUUCGCUUCGUACAGAGGACAAGUUUGUGCUUUGGUUUCCAGUGUUUUACUUUGGAGUUUAGGUGCCAUAUCCUGAGUUUUGGUUUUCUGUUUUAUUUUUUACCUCCCCUUUAUUUAAAGUUUGCUGUGUUUGUAACCAAUGUGUUGAGAAGGACCAACACUAUUCUUCCCUGAGGGAGAUGGGGUGGAGAAACAUUUCACGAAGAUCAGAAUUUGCCCCAGCUUCCCCGAGAGAGGACUCAGUGAAAGCAAACACUGAGUCACAGAAUCUCCGAGAAUGUGAGGGGUGAGCUGAGGACUGGCACCCAGUUCCGGACCCAAGGCGUCUGGAGUGGGUGGGGCUGCUUUGAUGCCCAUUUACCCCGGAGCUGCUCAUGGAGCCUUCCCCCUACUUGCCUUGCAUGGGGACUGAGAGUUUUCUUGCCACCUUUGUUUGGGUUCUUGUUCAAGAUUCCUGCCAUCUCCCAAGAAGCAGCUGAUGCUUCUCAGAAAAUGAAGCACCUGUUAGUCAGCCUGACAGGCAGAAAGCAGGGAGAUGCACCCGGUGGUCACAGUUAGGAGAAACAGCUGGUCAGAGAGAGUGAGCUCGAUUAUUUCCACGCCAGAUGAUUAGACCAUGGCUCAUUUCCUAACAGGUCUCUUUAAGGAAGGCCUCGAGGGAAGACACUGUCUGGUUUCCCUCCUGGUAGUUGACCGCAGCCGGAGCAUCACCUCCAUCCCGAGAUGUUUCACUUCCAUCCCAGGUUUCUCUCAGAGGGGCAGGCCCAAGAAGGGGGCUUGUCCUGUCUCACCAAAGGGGGCACCUCUCCCCAGAGAGGGGUUAGGCAGCCACCGUGCUCCUCCUGGGUGUGCCUGAAUCCGAAGGGCACUUUCGGAAAGCCAGAGGCUCUGUGUGCCAAUACCUGGCUUCGUACUUGAAAGAAUUGAGAGGUCUGCACCCGCCUUCCUGGUUGAGGUGUCCCCCCUCUAGACAUGCUAAGGCAUAGGCACAUUUCCCGACCACUCCAGCCCCAUCUUCGCUCGGGGACAGAGGUGACAAGAGGACGUUUACAAUUUCCGUGUGGAUUUAGUGUUCAUUUACCUCAGUAUUAUCUUUUUCCUUUUAGUCCUUGUACUUACACACAGCUCCUUGCUGACUCCCACAGUUAAUCCAGCACUUGCCAUGACCCACGUAACCACUGGGCUCUGCCUCUGCUCCAAGGGACACUAUGGAGCUGGAGCUGGGAAGGGCGAGCCGCUGGGAAAGGUGCACCUGGUAGAGGCAGCCUAGGAGGAUGUGUCUUUUAGCCAAGACCAGGGACUGGGUCCCUGGGUUCUUGAGCCCCAUAAACCUGAGUCCUGGCCCCUCACAACAGAGAAGAGACCAAGAGGGGUUGUCCCCUAUUGAGUUUGGGGGGGGGGGGGGCUCAUACCUGGCGUGCUGUCAGUCUGGGUCGCAGACAGGAAUUGGUCAUCUUGCUAGGGUACAGAUUGUCGGUCACCCGCUGGAGCUGGGUGGCUAUUCCCUUCUGUGAUAGUGAUAACUUGGUCCGUUAUCCUCUAAGAAACAUGAAACAACUUUCUUAAGCUGAACCAUGUUAAACUUGAAUUCUGCACACUGGGAGAAAUGUGUCCUGUGUUUUAAGGAUAAAACUGUUCCAAAGGCUUCCAGGGUCACGAUGGGAUUUUUUUUUUUAAAUAAUGCAAAAAAUAAAAAUAAAAAUGAAAAAAGAAAACAAAAAAAAAAAAAGAAAAAAAACACGCUAGGUUGGGGAGGCGCUGUUCUGAAUCCCAACCAGCUGGAACCAAGAAUGUCGUUUCUAUUUUUAUAGAAGUUUUAUACAGCUCCGGGGUGGAGAAUAUUUAUUACCUAAAUUAUAUCUCUGGAAAAGGCCAGGAUUUUAUAGAAUCCAGAAUGUGAUUGUUGUACACACAGGGUGCUGUGUAUGAUUGAAACUACUGACUUUCUGUGGCCUGUUCGCAGCCCGGCUAAUCUGUCAGAGGGGGGCGGAGUUAAUGCUGUGAAUUGGCCCAGGAGAGAGCUGUGCUCCCAGGGCGCUGCAGGUGCUGGGCUCCCUUUCCUUCUGUCCUGUCUUUCUCCUUGGCCACCAUGGGAGUCUGCGGAGCCCAAACUCCACUCUGUUCCCACUUCUUCCCUUUCCCCCUCCCUCCCAUUCAGCGUCACUUGUCCAUGGGUAUAUCCUGGGGUCAGGGUCCUUAGGAAACCGCUCUCCAAGUCCCCAUGGCUUCCUGCCUGUUUGUGGGCGCUCUUUUCUAAAAGGAGCCUGUGCCACUGCCGGGCCCUGGGCAGCCACUGUGGCCAGCUGGUGAGACCAGGCACUUCUCUCUGUUCUUUCCCCCCCGCUCAGCCAGUUCACCCAGCAGCACCACCCUUGAGCACAGUUCUCUUACCCAGGCCAAAGCUGGUUUUGUGAAGAAACUGUUCCCCCACGAGUGUCAGUGUGAAAGGGUUCAGCUCAGAGAGUGGGGACUAGCAGUUCUAUUCUGCCGUGUGGGUCUUCACGUAUAUAAAAUGUAUUUUCUGUUGUAGUUUUGUUUCUUACUUGGGUUUCAUCAUGAGAUUGAUUCAUCUUGAAUGCCACCAGAUGCUCCUUCCUGGGUUCCAGGCAGUGGCCAGGACCUACGUGGAAGCUAAGAGCUUGGAUUUCUGGGAGCACAAGGGCCAUCCAUCCCCAUCGGUCUGAGGAGAAAGCCUGCCCUUUUCCCAAAAAAUGGUCCUGCCCCACCAGCCUCAGUUGCUUUCUCCCUGGUGGGCUCUGAGAUCCGCCUCUCCUGGAAAGCCUUCUUGGGUGUUUGGGCUUCCCGGGAAAUCCAAGCCUUAGGUUCCCUCCUGUCUCUGGCAAUUGGAUGUGUUCUUGAUGUCCUCCAUGUCCUUUUUUGACUUCUCCCUGUGUCCAUUGUUAGCAUGUGCAAAAGUUCCUCGUCAUUCCCUGGCCCCCGCCCCUCCCGCCCCUCAUUGCAGGGCAGUCCACAGUGUUCUGUUCUCUCUCUCUGUUUGGAUGUGUUGCUCUGUGUAACUCAGUGGGUCUCCCUCUUUCUGGUUUGUUUUUUUUUCUAGAUUCCUGCCGUUUGUUCAUCGUUGUGCCUAAAGCAUGUCGAUGUGGCGUCAAGUACAUCGUCCAAAUCCCUGUCUCUUCAGCUUCUCUGAUGCUUGAACUCUCACCUUUGACCUUGUGUUGACCUUUGAUGCUGACGUGUAUUUUUAUUAUGUUUGUUUCUUUCUUUGUUUUUUCUUUUUUUUCUUUUUUUUUUCUUUUGUGUUGCCAAAUUGGUUUUGCUAGAACGACUGCUGAAGGGGAAAUAUUUAAACUUGCAUUUGAAUAUAAAAAAAUCUAUUUUUCUAGAACUUCAUAAGAUAACCACUUGAUUUUGUGAUUCCAAUUCUUUGUAAUUGUCUUCAGAGCAGCCCUACUAGCACAUACCGCGUGGUGUUUGUGUUUCUGUGGACACACAGCCAGUCUGUUUCUAGGCUUUGUUUCUGUGUGCUUAGUUUUAAAGACAAUUUUGAAGUAAACAAUGAAAUAAAAGAUGUCACUAAAA